CGAAUUGGCACUAAGCACGCCCACGUCGACCUCAAUCACAGAUAAUUGGAUCAGUCGACCGCCGAACCCCAUAUUGAGUGAUCAUUACCUGUGCCUGGAACUGCUAAGGGCAUGCCCUCAGAAAACAUGGCGAUCGAUAUGCGCCACAGCAAGCUGAAGGCCUCGGAAGCAGCCAUACUGGCUGGUGAGAUACAAAAGCCAAGUUGGCAGUCCAAAAACGAGGGUAUCCACGAGCGCGUCAGCUUUGAAGAUGCAAUCUGGGGCUUCGAUCUCGCUGGUGGAUCCUUUUACAAGACGCCUUUGAGAGUUGUUGCCGUGAAACCUGACAGCAGAGCAGAGAAAGCAGGCAUCCGUCCCGGUGACAAGCUCCUACGCAUCAACGACAUCGACACCUCCACCCUCAGCAUACAAGAGGCGCACGCCAUUAUCAUCGAGUCUGGGAUACAUCUCAAGAUAGCCGUCACAUCACCUGAUGACGAGGAGGAUGCUUAUUACUGUUACGAGGAUUCUUUGGACACUGGCUACGACAGUGAAGAGGAAAGAAGAAAAGAAGAGGAAAAGGCACGGAAAAGACAAGUUCAUGCCAAAGUGAGUUCUUAUUGGAGUUUACAAUGGCCAUGGGUCAGCAAAAGAAGAAUAAUUUACAGAGAAUCCAAUUGUUUUAUGGUGCCAAGCAAGUACGAAGGUAAACACAGAGAUAAGUUCUCCGUACAGCCCAUGAUUAGAACCCAAAAUGACAUUGUCCUAGAUAGUAUCCAAUCAACAGCCCAGCAAAUAAUAGACAACGCGAAAGGUAAAUUACAAAACGAUAUACCAAAAGAGAGUCAAAACACCAACAGCCAAGGGCCUAUAAUUAAUGGUACAGGACAAACUGAAAACACCCCUAAUGGAACUGAAUCCAAUGUAAAAGAAAAUAAAAUUACGUUGCCACCAAAAAUCCCUGAAGUGGAUGAAGACAGCCUUCAAGAGGUGUCCGAGGUAGAAGAACUCAAUGAAGUUACAAAUUCGGCAAUGGAGGAAGAUAGUAUACAAGAAGAAGUUACAAAUUCGGCAAUGGAUGAAGAAAGUAUACAAGAAGAAGUUUUAGAAGAAGAAGAAGAAGUGAGUGAAGAAGAAAAAAAGAGUCAAAUUGAUACAAGUGAAGCAACGGAUAAUCACGACAAUGUUCUUAAUGAAGUUUUAGAAAGCCAUGACAUUUCGACAGAUGAAGAGGAUAAGAUAUUGAAUAGUAUUCUCAGUAACGGUGAUACAAGCGAGAGCAUGGACGAAAGGUAAUAUUUAUUAUUGAAUAAUACAAUCUCAACUUUUUUAUUUUUGAUAGUUGUAUUAAUCAAACGUAAGUGAUAAUCUCAUUCCUCAUUAUCAUGGUAGUUAUUUACAAUACUUUUAAUUUAAUUAGUACAUUAGUAGUGCUGCAAAGACAAAAGUCCUGGGGUUGUUUUAGUUAAAACUAAUAAAAACAACUUCUGAAAGGUAUCUUGGCGUUGUAUAAACCUACUCUCAAGGAACAUACGUUGAGGUUAAGUUAAAAGUUAAAACAAAAUGGAUAAUUAAGUUGGCCUUUAAUUGUCAACUUCAUGAAAUGAAUCUUAAGAUCAUAGUAAGGUUUUUUCGAUGUAAUAAAUAUUAAUAAAAUUUUACUUUGAACUAUUAGUCAUAUGAGAGAGUCCAGCAAAUUAUUGUGCUUUGAUUUAUUGAGACUAACUUUGUUGUCUUAAUUAUAACGAUAUGUUCCAUGAAAUCAGUUGUGUUUCUAAUAAACUUCAGUAAUAUACAAAAUUUUAAUUAGGUUCUUAAAUGUCACUGUGUUAAAAUGUAAGAACCUACUUAUAUUUUCACUUAUAUCGACAUGUCACAUUCGCGAACUAGUUUCAGUUUAUAAUGCAAAAUAAAUACAUAUUUUAUAACGCAAAAUAAAUUUAUUUUUACGCGUAAAAUGUUUGCUUCAUUAUGUUUUUUCGCUUUAGUUCACCUGUUCAGAUGAUCUUCCACUUGCCAUUAAUAGGGUAUUUGACUACUAGUCAAAUCAGUUUCUUUUAUCGAACUGUCAAAACGAUUUUGCUACUUACUCGUACCAUGGAAUUUAUAUGAAACACUAGCAUGUGACGUCACAAUCAAAUUACCUACUCUAUAGUUUUAUACGGGUUUUAAAAUAGAAAUUGUGUCUAAAAAUAACUGCUGUCUACGUGUCUAUUAAUCUGCUGGUGCUUUAUUUCAUGCAUUAUGUAAAAUAAUUUAUUUUAAAUACAGUCAAAUGCCCUAUUGGUUGGAAUAUUUGCUCGAUCAGUUU